UUCACCACUGCCGUCAGGAUGGCACUGUCCAGCCAGUUCCUUAUCCACCAAGCAGUCCACGCAUCAGAUCCACAUUUCUCCAAUUGAUGGAGAAGGAUGCUGUGAGAGACAAUAUCAAAGGCCAAAGAAGCCUGGAGAGAUGACAGCCGUAGCUCUUCCCUUGCCCACCGAGGCACUCACCCUACCAUAGAAGGCCACUGGGUUGUUCAGGCAACAUACACCCACCGUGUGCUCUCUCAAGGUUUCCUUUUGCACGUCAAAUACUUUAAGAGAAUAUUUUUUCUGUUUUAUUGAUUGACUUUGCCCUUUGAGGACCCCAACAGAAAGUAUUCCCUUAAGUUUCACAUGAAGGAGAAAGGGAAGAGUGAAGGCUUCAUCUUUCCCGUCAAACAAACGUGACUUGUUAGCCCUGGGGUCCCCCAAGGCGCCAAACCGGGCUCCAGCCGGGAAGGUGCGCACAGGAGGGGAUCUGGCACUUGUCUUGAGGCUGAAAUCAUUCACUCCUCAGCCUCGUGAGCUGUUGCUAACAGCACCGGAGGAGGUCAGAAAUGCCCUGGCUGCGCUCCCCAGGUCAUCUGGGGCACUGUGAGCUCCGCGCUGCCCCUGUGACAGUGCCCGGAAAAGAGGGCAGAGCUGCGGGCUCAGCCCCAGGUGGGACUGUGUGCCAGCCCUUGGACGGAGCUGCCCGACGGGGCGUGCUCCCCAGCCUGGGAGGGCAGCUGCCCCGGCUGUGCUCCAGCGGCUCUCCCCCUGAGCACCGUUGCUAUGCGGCCUGGGCCGGCCCUGAGGUCACAGUGGGGCUGCGAGGUGACAGUGGGGCUGUGAGGUCACGGAGCUCCACGGCGAUGCACCAGCUAUAAGUACCCACGCCUCAGCCCCCAGCCGCAACUGCACCACAUGCAGCAGCAGCGGUGACAGCAGCACAGGAUCAUGUGGCUGAAGGGAGCCAUGGCCCUCAUUCAGCACUGCCUCCUCCUCCUCCUCCUCCUGGAGGCCCUACGUGCCAGGGCUGCCUGGGCUGCACCUUGGCAAGAGCAGGAAGCAGGUAAGCACUCGGCACAUUUGCGACCUUUCACGGGCCAGCGGGCUCCUCUCCCCGAGAAGCGUGGAUGUGGCUUUUCCCUCGAGCGCUUUGGUGAGGGCUUCCCCUGUGUGUGUGAGAGCUGUGCGGGUAAGAAUGCCCCCAGGGGCCCUAUGUUGGCCCACACGCUCCCUGAGGGGUCUUGUUCAUGGCCUGGCUUAACGAGCGUGUUGGAGAGCUGCCAGGUGCCGGCCAAGAGGUCACCAGGCCCCUCUGCAGCGCUGGCAAUCUCCCCGGGGUCUGGCUCCCACGCUGCUACCUGAGCCCCUUCCAGUGCCUGCGGUUCACUAAGGCACAAGCGGAUGCCAACAGGCAAUGGCAACAUUUCCCCUCUGUGCUUGCUUCUGGGUGAGGAUGCUGCCAAAGUUUAUCGAGAUGCAUGGCAGGCUGUUGGUUUGGAGCCCUUGGGGCAUCCUGCAGCCGUGGCUGUCGGCAAAGCUGCUGCAGAUUCCCAGCGGGGUUCCAGGACCGAGCCUCUGGGAGAUCGCACCAUGGGUGUGCCUGUAGGAAGGACUCGUCCAGCUCCUCGGCAGUGGGAUGCUGCGCGAGGCUGGCAUCGCAGGGGUUCUGCAAUAGAAAAGUACCGAGCUGAAGGAGAAAACGAGUCCUCGGAGCUAUUUGAGCAACUAAGGCAUGUGCUGGAGGAAUGGAAGAGAGGACACGUGCCGUCAAAGCCUGGAGAAGACCACCAGAGCAAGAUAAAUCGGGCUUAUGAACCGGGCUCAGACGUGAUCAGCGAGAGAACCGCAAGGGCUGAUGAUCCCCCAAACACCGCAAGUCCUCUCUGUCCCCAAGAUGCGCGGAGGCACUGUAUGAUAGGCACAGCAGCAACCAUGCUUUCCGUGCCAGUUGGAAUAGUGUUGGUCUGUGUCAUCAUCCGGUGGUGGAUGAAGAAAGAAGAGCCCGUCGCUGGAGCUUCUAGAGUCCAGCAGAAAACCCAUGGCUCUCGCUUCCGCCCGGACAGCAAGAGCAGCCGCGCAAGCACCCCUCAGAGCUGCACCCAAAGACAGCAGAGGACACUGCCGCCUGAACAACGAGCGCGCUCAUCCUCCCCAUGGCCCCCGCGACCGCCUCCCCCAUUCGCAGCCGCCUUUCAGCAGAGGAGCCAGACCAGCACCCUCCAGACCCCAGCCAAAGGGGAACGGCCUCCACGCCCCCCGAACCCAUCUCCGGCCGCCCUUCAGAUGAGCCAUACCAGCACCCCCCAGCACCCCACCAAAUGGGACCUGCCCUCGCCCCCCCCAAGCCCAUUCCUGGAAUCUUUGCAUCAGAUGAACCAGGAAAGUUUCUCCCAGAUGCAGCAGUCCCCACGUCCUCCGAGACCUCCACCGCUACUGAGACCUCCAAGCCCACCGAGCCCCCCGCCACUACCGAGCACCCACCACUUUUGAGCCCUCCAAGGCCUCCGACCUCCCACUGCUGCCAAGCCCCCUGAGACCCCUGAGGGCCCUGAGCCUCCUGAGACUCCCACACACCCCUGAGCUCACUGCUCCAGCCGCACAGCAGGGGCUGAAGGCAGCCACACCAGGGUAGGAGUUGGGGGUGCACUGACAGAGCCCCAGCCGACAGCUUCGGGGCUCAGCCGCUGCCCGCCAAGGACAGUGUGACACAGGGCUGUCACACAAGUGUCCAGGGGGUACCAACAGCAAACCAAGCGAGGCACCAGCACCGGCUGGGCUCCACGCCUGGGUGCAGCCGUGGAUGCCCACUGUGUCGGUAGGCAGGAGCCGGGCAUGGGCUCGUGGGGAAAGCCCCAAUGGCGGCACUACGCGCUCUGCUCCACAGCUCAUCCCUGACUGCCAACCUGCUGCAAACAGGUCAUUAGCCUGAGGGGCAGGUCCUGCCCCUUUCUCCUACAACGCAAGGCACCCUCUGAUGCCAUCUGGGCUGCUCCUGAAGUGAUUAAAGAGCUGGGAGAGCGGGAAGCGUGGUCAGGUCUCCUUCUCAAUACAGUUCUCCUGCGUCGCCUGCAGAGAAGCCUCAUGGCAAGUGGUGACUAGCGGUAGAUGACAGAGCCCUGAGCACCGCCGCUGAACAGCGCCCUGCGGCUGCUCCCGGUCCGAGUGGUAGAGUCCCUUGUGUCAACGAAGAAGCCCUGCCAGGAGUGGUGACAGUAGCUGGGAAGGAUAGGUGGUGUUGGCUCCCCGUGUCGGGGACAGAUAGGGAGAGGUCUCCUUUCACCAGGCGGGGACUGCCGUUUACAUGGACCGCCUGACCACAGUGUUUUGAACAUUGUCCUGCCAUUGCUCCUGCUCCACCAGCUGCAGAGCUGGAAGCAUCCACAUUAGCGCAGAGGUCGCUGUGAGGCAGUUACUGUGUGACAGAAGGUGUGAAAGCCAGCGUCGCUGCAGCGAGGCUCCAAUCCAUCCCUUCCCGCUUUGUAGGCUACAGCGUGGCCAGACGUGCAUCUAAAACCUCUGGCUGCUGAGUCUCAUGGCUAAGGCAGAGUGAAAUACGGGAUCAUGGAAUGUUUGGGGUUGGAAGGGACCUUUACAGGUCAUUGAGUCCAAUCCCCCUGCAAUGAGCGCAGCCAUCUUCAACAGGAUCACUUUGCUCAGCUGAGCUUGAAUGUUUCCAGGGAUGGGGCGUCCACCACCUCUCUGGGCAACCUGUUCCAGUGUUUCACCACCCUCAGCAUAAAAAAAAAACCAACCUGCUGUCCUUGUGUCUAGUCUUAAUCUGCCCUCUUCCAGCUUCAAACCAUUGCCCCUUCUCCCUAGGGCUGCUGGCCCUGCUCAGAUCUCUGUCCCCGUCUCUCUGAUAAGCGCCCAUUAAGUACUGGAAGACCAGAAUCAGGUCUCCCCAGAGCCUUCUCUUCGCCAGGCUGAACAACCCCACCUCUCUCAGCCUUUUCUUUUUUCAGAGCAGAGGAGUUCCAUCCCUUCGAUCAUUUUGGUGGCUUCUUUUGAUGCAGCCCAGGCCACGGUUGGCUUUCUGGCCUGCGAGCGCACAUUGCUGGUUCAUGCCCAGCUGUUCAUCCACCAGUACCCCCAAGCCCUUCCUGGCAGGGCGGCUCUCAGUGGUACCGGGCGUUGCCCUGAGCCUGGUGCAGGACCUUGCACCUGGCCUUCUUGAGCCUCAUGAGGUUCACAUGGGCCGCUUCUCCAGCUUGACCAGGUCCCUCUGGACAGCAGCCCAUCGCUCAGGCGCAUCAGCUGCACCACUCAGCUUGGUGUCAUCUGCAAGCUUGCUGAGGGUGCACCCGAUCCCACUGCCUUAUGUCAUUGAUGAAGCUAUUAAACAGUACUGCUCCCAAGAGGGGACCCUGAGGGACACACUCGUCACCAGUCUCCGUCCGCACACUGAGCUGUUCACCACUGCCGUCAGGAUGGCACUGUCCAGCCAGUUCCUUAUCCACCAAGCAGUCCACGCAUCAGAUCCACAUUUCUCCAAUUGAUGGAGAAGGAUGCUGUGAGAGACAAUAUCAAAGGCCAAAGAAGCCUGGAGAGAUGACAGCCGUAGCUCUUCCCUUGCCCACCGAGGCACUCACCCUACCAUAGAAGGCCACUGGGUUGUUCAGGCAACAUACACCCACCGUGUGCUCUCUCAAGGUUUCCUUUUGCACGUCAAAUACUUUAAGAGAAUAUUUUUUCUGUUUUAUUGAUUGACUUUGCCCUUUGAGGACCCCAACAGAAAGUAUUCCCUUAAGUUUCACGUGAAGGAGAAAGGGAAGAGUGAAGGCUUCAUCUUUCCCGUCAAACAAACGUGACUUGUUAGCCCUGGGGUCCCCCAAGGCGCCAAACCGGGCUCCAGCCGGGAAGGUGCGCACAGGAGGGGAUCUGGCACUUGUCUUGAGGCUGAAAUCAUUCACUCCUCAGCCUCGUGAGCUGUUGCUAACAGCACCGGAGGAGGUCAGAAAUGCCCUGGCUGCGCUCCCCAGGUCAUCUGGGGCACUGUGAGCUCCACGCUGCCCCUGUGACAGUGCCCGGAAAAGAGGGCAGAGCUGCGGGCUCAGCCCCAGGUGGGACUGUGUGCCAGCCCUUGGACGGAGCUGCCCGACGGGGCGUGCUCCCCAGCCUGGGAGGGCAGCUGCCCCGGCUGUGCUCCAGCGGCUCUCCCCCUGAGCACCGUUGCUAUGCGGCCUGGGCCGGCCCUGAGGUCACAGUGGGGCUGCGAGGUGACAGUGGGGCUGUGAGGUCACGGAGCUCCACGGCGAUGCACCAGCUAUAAGUACCCACGCCUCAGCCCCCAGCCGCAACUGCACCACAUGCAGCAGCAGCGGUGACAGCAGCACAGGAUCAUGUGGCUGAAGGGAGCCAUGGCCCUCAUUCAGCACUGCCUCCUCCUCCUCCUCCUCCUGGCGGCCCUACGUGCCAGGGCUGCCUGGGCUGCACCUUGGCAAGAGCAGGAAGCAGGUAAGCACUCGGCACAUUUGCGACCUUUCACGGGCCAGCGGGCUCCUCUCCCCGAGAAGCGUGGAUGUGGCUUUUCCCUCGAGCGCUUUGGUGAGGGCUUCCCCUGUGUGUGUGAGAGCUGUGCGGGUAAGAAUGCCCCCAGGGGCCCUAUGUUGGCCCAUGUGCUCCGCAAGGGGUCUUGUUCAUGGCCUGGCUUAACGAGCGUGUUGGAGAGCUGCCAGGUGCCGGCCAAGAGGUCACCAGGCCCCUCUGCAGCGCUGGCAAUCUCCCCGGGGUCUGGCUCCCACGCUGCUACCUGAGCCCCUUCCAGUGCCUGCGGUUCACUAAGGCACAAGCGGAUGCCAACAGGCAAUGGCAACAUUUCCCCUCUGUGCUUGCUUCUAGGUGAGGAUGCUGCCAAAGUUUAUCGAGAUGCAUGGCAGGCUGUUGGUUUGGAGCCCUUGGGGCGUCCUGGAGUGCCGUCAAAGCCUGGAGAAGACCACCAGAGCAAGAUAAAUCGGGCUUAUGAACCGGGCUCAGGUACGG